GUAUAUUGCAAUUUUGAUACUAUAACACAACGAUGAUUUCAUUGAUUGUCCUUACUAAAACUGAAAUCUUGAUUAAAAAAUAUCAGGCGACGAUUAAAUUGCCGCCUCUAAUAAAUGGAAUAUUGCAAACUCAUGAUUCAUGAAAUGCUUUUUGUAUUCCCUUUAGUUAAGUUACUGAUGAAUCUGUUAAUACAAGGAACGUUAAUGCAUUUAGAUUUUCACAUUUCAUAUUGGAAAGGAAAAUGCGGGGUUUUCCAGAUUUAAUACACAAAGUAAAUCCUCCUAGUAAUUAUCUUUAAUGUACCACUUUUUAAGGAUAAUAUAUGUAGAUUUCUUGCUAUAUAUAUUCACAUCUCAUUAUUAGGCCUUACUUAUAAGAAUCUGUUCACAUUCUUCACAGAGGAAAGUAAAUCAUGUUUGCCAAGAAACCAGAAUCAAAGUUUGGGUGCUUUUUUAACAUAUUUGGUGUUCUUCGGUCUCGUUCUUCAAGAUGGCGAAAAGCUUCGAAGUGGUAAGAAUCUUGGUUUACUUGCUUUACACGGUUAAGAUUUCGUUUUUGUUUCGAGUUUUUUUUAAUUAAUUAAUCUGUCUUGUUUGCAGCAAACUCUAUAUCCAAAAUCUGUUAUGUUCUGUUAACUUACAUCGGAAUAGAAGAGAGUGUAUGGUCAGACAAUCACGGUCCGAUAUCGCUCAGCUCCUUUCUUAUGGUCGCUAUUCAGAAGCUCUUCCUAAGGCGAAGCAAUUCUAUGAAGAUGAGAGAAGGUUAUCGGCAUAUGAUCAGGUUGAGCUCUUCUGCACAACCAUCUUGCAGAAUAUAUCUUCUUUGAAAUAUGAAAACAAUGUUGAUCUGUUACCGGAAGAAACUAAAAAAGCAAUGGCCGGAAUUAUAUUUGCUGCAUCAAGAAUUGGCGAGCUUGAGGAUCUUCAACACAUAAGGAGCUUCUUCGUUCAAAGAUUUGGGCUUAAGUUUGAUAAAGAGUGUGUAGAUUUGCGCCAAGGAAACGUCGUGGGUUUUGAGAUAGUCAAGAUUCUAAACACGAAUAUGCGGGGAGAUGAAAUUACACAUAUUGUAAGGGAACUUUCUCAUAAGUACAAAACCAACAUCACUACUUCUACGGAUUCAAUAAGUGAAGAUUUGGCUUCAAGUGACGAUCUCGGCAUUGCCGAUUCUGAUGCGAUGAAGGUUGAGAAAAUGAAAAGGGCUCUUCGGAGAAAGAAAGUUAUGAAGGAGAAUUCUAAGUUUUUGCAUCCAAAUCUUAGAGAGUCUCAGGGAAGAGAUCGAUCAUUCAGAAGAUAA